UCUACAAUAAUCCGUUGAGAAAUUUCUUAAGAAACUUUCGGAAGAAAUCACUGAAAGCUUUUCUUAGAUAUCCGAAGAUGAUUUCCUGAAAGAAUUUUCGUACGAAACUUUGAAAGAACUUAUAGAGGAAUUUCUGAAGAAGCCCAUGGAAGUUUUUUUCAAAAUGUUCUAGUACCCUCGGGAUGUAAUUUUAAAUAAAAUUCUUGUGAAAUUUCUUUAUAAAUUCAUGGUAGAUGUCCUAAGAAAACUUUCAGAACUACGGAAGAAAUCCGUAUAAGAUUGUUUUCCAAGAUUGUCAAAAGGAAUCCAUGGAACAAUUCCGGAUGGAAUUCAAGGAAGGUUUUUUUUUUACUUAUUCGUUUAUUUGGAAGGCUCGGGUGCCACAUAACUGGGCCGAAAUAAUUUGUUUUUACAUUAUACAAUUCAUAACUGCCUUAAUACUAUGUUAGUUUGGGAAGCUGAAGUGCUUGCGGUUGUUUCAAGGUUAUGGAUUAAGGGAAAAAAAUAAAUAAAAUAAAAUGAAAUAAAAUUGGGAAGGAGGGAUUUAUGGGUUUUAAACUAAAUUAUUUGCUAACUUAGACCAACAAUAUUGAUGGGACAAAUUGUCCAGAUCUGUAGCGGAACCAAAAAGGAAGGACUUUAUCAGUAGACAACGACAAGACAAGGACAAAUGGAAGGAGGGGGGACAGACAGGGGCCAACAACAAAAUCAAACGGCGGACAACGAAAACAAGGAAGGCGGACAACAAAAAUUUAAUAAAUGAGAUUCAUGUAUUUCCAAUCAAGGCCAACCCACACUUCUCUAACUGGUUUCUGUUGUUUUCUUUGGACCCGAAGAAUUUCAUGCAGCUCAGAUCUGACCUCACGAUACUCAUCGCAUCCCCACACGACAUGUUCAAUAUCAUGGUAAGCCACACUACAGACACAGAUAUUGCUUUCUGAGAGUAGUGAGAGUUCAAAACGGAAGGUAUGUGCGUUUAACAUAAAGUGGUUGGACAUCAGUCGACACAUCACACGAAUGAAAUCGCGGCAUAAAUUAAAACCUUUGAGCCACGGCUUCUUCGACACCUGUGGGAUGAUGAUAGAGUGCAACCAUCUACCCAUCUCUUCAUCUCUCUAUUUGUGCUGCCAGCUGAUCAAGGUCUCCUGACGGGCCAAUGCAAAAAAAAUCGUCGAAGGCCGAAUCGAACAACGUGAUGGUGUAUCAGCGUUUAGACAAAUCACUCAAGACUUGGCGCAUUCUAUUCAGGAAGUACGCUGAGUACUGAGGAAGGUUUUAUGAAGGAGUUCUUUGAUUGAUUUCUAGAUUAAUCUUUUAAAAACAUUUGAAAAGAAGCCCUAAAGGAAACUUUGAGUGUUUUGAGGGAUAAGAGAAAUUUCCUAGGGCUUCCUGGUAUUUUCUUUUUUUUUUGAAAAAAAAAUCCGGAGGCAUUGCGUUGGGAAUUUUUGGAGGAUUUUUUUUUGCAGGAAAUCAAAUUUAUGUAUAAAACUAUCCAUGGAUAGUUUGAUGUUUUCUGGAGGAAUCUCUCAAAGAAUUUCUGUAGGAAUCAUUAAAAAAUUUCUAAAAAAAUACGAAUGAAUUUCUUAAGCAAUUUUCUAAAAUGACCUUUUGAGAAAUUUCAGAACUCUAGAAAUCUCUGGAAAAGAUUAGGUACUAAUCUCUUGAUAGAUUUUUUUAAGUUUUUUUUUUCUCAAGAGCUGGUUACUCAGUGAGUAACUUGGAGUAACCUCGAUGACACCACUGGUUAUUACACUCCCCAUGUAUAUCCUGAUUGGCACCGGAAAGUGUCAACAAAUCCUUUCCAGUUGGUACCUAGAAGUAGUAUCAUAUUUAUCAACCACUUUCAAACUCGGUGAAAUAACCUACGAAAAUGAUGUCAUAUUACACAUUUUUUGUUUCUGUGAUCAAACAAUACCACCAGUUGUGUCACCAACAUUACACUUGUUAAAAAAAGAAAGUGUUUGGAUGGAAAAAUAUCGGCCAACAACACAAUACCCAGUAAACAAAUUUGUAAUAUGCAUAGACGUAGAUACAUGCGAUCCAUUUGUAGACAUAACUUCACUAAUUAACCAAGUUGCUCAAUAGUUAUCACUCCAUGUAUACCCCGGAUGAUGCUGGAAGGCACCAAUAAGCUCAUUUCAUUAGAAAAGUAUAACCCGUUUACUCGUACGAACUCAUACCAGUAUUUUACUUUUAUAUGAUUUAUCUGUCGGUUUGGUUAUAGCUAUUGCUAGUUAGACGUACUUUCCAGCGGCGACGACUGAUUUGCUGCGAGGUGUACAUCGCUUUUAAGAUUCAAUUGAUGUGAAUCUAAAACGAUUUGAUUUCACACGUUUUUUUUUUUUUGCUGUGUACUUAUUAUUUAUUUAAGUAAAAUAAAACCUUACAGUACUUAUAUGAUAACAAAAUAUUCGAUCCUAAAGACAUCAAAACAAAAACAAAAUUAUAGUUUGAAACAGACAAAAACAAAAACAGUUUAGUCAUAGUUGUAAAAUCCACUGACUGGUAUGCGCAUCUUUCCAUAAUAUUAUAAUAUUAUCAGAUUCUAUACAACAUGAUAUCCGAAGCCCUUCCACUCAACUUCUUUCCCUCGAAUCAGCCACGCACAUUACCAGCCACUUGAUGCGGAUCAAACCGGUAAAACGCGUUGCUCAUCUCUUGCGGCCGAUUUCCCUAUGGCAGGCAGCCCUUACGCAUCUUAAUUUGGGCUUGUUUUUAUGCGCUCAAUGUUAUCAGCUUAGCUGUUUGCUCUUAAAUGUUUGGUGACCCAUCAGGGAAUCCCUUCGCUGAACUUGUUUCAGUCUUCAACGAAUAGUCAUUCAGUUUACAUGAACUGGUAGAGUUUAGGAAAAUGUGGAUCUACAUUCUGAUAGGUGUUUUUACACUUGCGAAUUUGUAUGUUCGUCGGAAGUACUCGUUCUGGAAACGGCAAGGAGUACCCUUUAUUAAACCCAAAUUUCCCUUCGGAAAUCUGCUUGUAAAUGGAAAACGAGUUCACACGUCUCAGUUGACGACCCAUUACUACAAUGAGCUCAAGUGCAAAAAGUGUCCCAUUGGCGGGGUAUUCUUUUUCACGACUCCAUUUGCCGUUGUGCUGGAUCGACAGCUGAUGAGAAAUGUUUUAAUCCAGGACUUCCAGCAUUUUCACGAUCGAGGUUUAUACUGCAACGAAAAGGAUGAUCCCAUAUCAUGCCAUUUGUUUAACAUCGAAGGAAGCUACUGGACCAAUUUGCGAAAAAAGCUCUCUCCGACGUUCUCUUCCGGAAAGCUGAAAUUGAUGUGUCCCAUGGUUGUAACAGUUGCCGAGCGAUUUCAAGAGUGUUUAUCCAAGUCCAUCAACCAGAACCGCAAAGAUGUCGAAAUGAAAGAGUGGCUAAAUCGUUUCACGAUCGACGUCAUCGGAACUUGUGCGUUCGGCCUGGAGUGCAACAGUUUGACCAACCCGGAGGAAGAGUUCCGAAAAAUGGGAGUCAGAAUGUUUCACGUGGCCAACAGUCGAGUUAUCAAAUUUUUCUUCAUAUCGCUGUUCAAGAGCCUGGCGAAGCGGGUGCACGUUAAAACCGUGCCCACCGAUGUGUCGGAGUUCUUCUUCAAGGUCAUUCGCAGAACGAUCGCAUUCCGGCAGAUGAACCACGUGCAGCGGAACGAUUUCAUUAACCUGUCGAUGCAGCUGAUGUUGGAGGGCAAGCUGGAGGGAUCGGACGAAGACGUGGGGAAGAUAACGCUGAACGAGGUGGUGGCGCAGUCGUUUGUAUUUUUCUUGGCUGGUUAUGAGACGUCCAGCACGGUGAUGAUGUUCUGUUUGUACGAGCUAUCGCUACAGGGGGAUAUCCAGCAGCGUGCUAGAGAAAACGUUUUGGCGGCUGUUGCAAGACAUGGUGGUUUGAAUUAUGACGCUUUGAUGGAUAUGAGCUAUUUGGAUCAGUGUAUUAACGAAACUAUGAGGAAAUACCCACCGGCGGGAAACUUGGGUCGUUGCGUCACCAAAGACUACAAAGUGCCCAACUCAGAUCUUAUUCUCAAGAAAGGCCUCAACGUGGUGAUCCCAGUGCACGGUAUCCAUCACGAUGAGGAGUACUAUCCGGAUCCGGAACGUUUCGAUCCGGAGAGGUUCAGUGCAGAGGAGAUAGCCAAGCGAUUGCCGUUCACAUUCAUGCCCUUUGGCGAAGGUCCCCGCAACUGCAUUGCAGCGCGGUUCGGAAUGUUGAUGGCCAAAGUCGGAGUGGCGGCAAUGUUGAUGAGGUUCAAGUUUUCCAAGUGCUCCAAGACGGCUGUACCGCUGAUAAUAUCGCCGAAGCACGCAUCGAUGUCUCCGGAGGGAGGAAUGUGGCUGAAAGUGGAAGAAAUAAAAUAGAAAAAGAGUAUUAUACGACCAUUAUUAUCUAGUUACCGGAAAUUUCAAUUCCAUUUCAGUAAGUAAAAAUGGUUCUUGAUGUUGUUAUUAACAGUGUCAAUUUAAAAUGUGUCACAUUCAGUAGACGAGGUCUCAAGUCUCAACCAUGAACUUCUCUUGCGUGAGGAUUUGCGGGCUCUAUUCCAAUUAAUAAAUAUCAUGCAUGCUGAAAAUAUAAACACAAAAAUCUGUACGAUUCUAUCAUUUGUAUGUUAGGAGAGUACAUUCACUGCGGUGACUAAUUCACACAAUUUAUUUUCUGAAUUCAGCAUUGCAUUGGUACGCGUUACAUAUUAGGGUUCAGUGUAAAAAACAAACUAAAAAAACUGCCUAAAAUUUCUUAAGGAAUUUUUGGGAGAUUUCCAUAGAAAUCGAUAUAGAAAAUUCUGAAAAAAAUACUCAAUAAAAUAAACUUUUGAAGAAAUCCUACAUAAAUACCCGAAGAAAUCCUUGCUGAAGGAGUCUUCGAAGCAAUUUCUGAAGAAAUUGCUGGCCGAAUCUUUGGAUCUUUGGAUCUUCAAUGAGGAAUACCUGAAGGAACUCCGUGGCAAACCUUUGGUGAAUUUGCUAAGAAAAUUUCUUAAGAAAUCCCUUAAGGAAUCCCUGGAGAAAUAUCUGGAGAAACUAAUGGACGAAUUGGAUCUGACAAUAUUUCAGAAAAAUAAAAUCUUCACUUUUUUAUGGACUUUAUGUUUAAUUCCUAGCAAAUAUUUCUCAAAAAAUGCUUGAAUGAAUUGCAAGGUAUUUGUGAAGGAAAUGUUAGAGGAAACUAUUGAACAAUACGUACAAGAAUCUGUUUAUAAAUUUAUGCCGGAAUUCCUGCAGAAAUUCCCGGAGCUAUUGCUUCGAGAAUUUCCAAUGAUGGUGUUCAUUGAGAAGUUCGUGAUGAAUUUUUAAGAAACCGCUAGAGCAGAUUCCAAACAUUCAAACAUUGAAAACAACUCUGAUUAAAUUCUAAAUAAAUUCUUGGAAAAAAAUCUAAAAGAAUCCUGCAAGCGUUUUCUGAACACAUCCCUAGAAGAUUUUCUGAAAUGCCAGGAGAGAUCAUACCUACACCUUCUUCAGGAAUCCUUGAAAAUAUGGAGACGCAAUUCCUGCUAGAGUUACUGAAGAGAUUGCUAGAACAAUUUACAAACGAAGCAUGGAAAAAGUGUCUGAAAAAUUCUGAAGAAAUUCCUGGAGAAAUUUCUGAAGGAAUCCUUGAAGGAUGAUACGAAAGGAUUCCUGGAGACAUUUCUGGAGGAACUCCAGGAAUCCUUGGAAAUCUGUAAAGACGGAAUCCUUGGAGCAGUUUCUGAAAGAAUCCUACGAAGAAUUUUGGAAGUAUUCACUGGAUAAUCUGGACAAAUUCUUGAAAAAUUGUAUGAAGUUAUGAAGGAAUUACUGGAGUAAUUUCCUAAGGAAUCCGUGGAAAUUUUCGUGAAAGAAUCCUUGGAUGAAAAGCAAAAGGAAUCUAUAUAGCCCUUAUAGAAGAAAUUUAUUUAAAAAAAUCCGAACUAAUUGUUAUGAAGUUUCUGGUGACUUUCAGACGGAAUUUAUGGAAGAAUGUAUGAGGCAAACUUUGGAAAAAUUUUCGAAGGAAAUCUGAAUUUCUGAUUUUUUUAAGGAUUCAGGCAGAAUCCUUGGAGCAAUUUCUGAUAAAAUCAAUAGAAUGCUUUCUAGAUGUAUAUUUGAAGAAUAUAAUGAAGGAAUCUCAAGAGUAAUUUCGGAAGAGGACUGGAGAUAUCCCGAGGAAUUUCUAAACAAAAAAGUAAAAGGAUUUGUUAGAGAGAUUUCCAAAGAAACAUUUGGAUACACUUCUUUAAACCAUCUCAAAGGCAUUUCUGAAACAAACCAUUCAGGAUUUCCUGAAAGAAUUCCUCGAAAACUGAAAAUUCCAGGGGAAUCCCUGGAGGAAAUUCAUAAAGAACCCAUGGAAGAUUUUUUAUGGAAUAAAUGGAGAAUAUUCUGUAGGAAACUUCAGACUAAUAUCUGAAGAAAUCUCUGUGAAACUUCUUUAACGCUUAUUUUGAAGAUAACAAAAAGAAUCCUAUAAGAUUUUCUCAAGCAAUCUGUGAAGGGAUUUCUGGAAAAAACUUUGAGAAGAUUUUGUAAAGGGAUCCUCUGAUGGGUUUUGUAGGAGAAAUUCUGGAGGAAGCCCUGGAGAAAUACAGGAAGGAAUUUCAGAUGCAGUCCAUGUCAGAUUUUCUUGAAAACGACUUGAUGGUUAUCGGGAGGAAUCCUCAAAAGAAUUCUGAUUCAAUUUCUGAAGAAAAUUGUGUAAAUAAAAACUAGUUGGGUUAUUAAAUGAUCAGCACAGGAAUUGUUUCUUUGGAGCAAUCCAUGGAGGAAUUUCCGAAGGAACUUUUGUGAAACUUGUUGAAGAAAGUUUUGGACGUGAAAAAAAAUCUUGCAGGAAUUUCUGAUGAAAUCUAUUGGUGGAAAAUUUUUCGAAGGAUAUCCUGAAAGAAUCCCUAAAGAUAUUAAAAAAAUGUAGAUGAAUUUCUAAACAAUUUCUUGGACGAAUUUCUAAACGAAUCCCUGGUGGAAUCUUUGAUGAAAUUUUUGGAUGAAAUCCCACUCACAUGGAUUUUUUAUUCGUUUGGCGGCGCAAAAAAAAAAUAAAAAUACAUAGAUGGGUUUCUUACAUUUAGAAGGAUAAGUUUUCAAUACCAUGCGCAUGUUUAGAGGCACGCAAAAAAUAAAUAUACAGGUUUGUCCCGAAACUUUUUCCUGAAUAUCUCCUUGGUUUCCUCUCAGAGUUGCUCCCGAAGUUUUCCUAUAAUUCCUCUCGGAAUUUGUUCCAGAACUCCUCCUGAUAUUUUUCCUGGAUAUUCUCUUAAGGUUUCCAGGGUUUCCAGAAUUUCUCCCAGAUUCAAACAGAUUCUUUAAAAACAAUAUCCACUCCAGGGCUUCCCCAAUAACUUCACCAAGAUUUCGUGAACGUUGGAAACAUUUAUAAAGACCGCUAAAGAAAGUGUGGACGCAGAGAGAAAAUAUUGCCAUUUAAAAUUAUUGAUGACUAGCCUUUUUUAAGGCUCCAUCCUGUUGAUCUACCUAUUUUCUCGGAAUUUGUGCAGCGGUUUAUUUGAUUUCAACAGUUUGUUUCAAAAUACAUAAACAUUCAUAGGAACACCUUGGAAAAAUUGUGCACAAAUGAUGCACAGAGCUUGAAAUGUCACUUAGGAAAUGAGCUGACUUUGAAGGGAGUAAGCACAGAGUAAGUGAGAAAACCAUGCAAAAAAAAGGGUCAACAAUAUAGGUCCUGCUGAUUCUCGUUUGGAUAGAUCGAUACCAACAUUUCAAAAGGGCGUAACUGCUUUUGGAAUCAUCACCUUCUUUGAAAGCUGUGGAUCAUGUGUUAUGAUUUCCAUGUUUUUCACAACAAGUACCAGAUGGGAAAACUCUCCUCUUUCCGACAACCACGGUGGUUUGAGUGUAAGGGAGGCAGUACGACCUACAGCUUUGAAAGAAGGUAUUACUUCCAAAUGCAUUUACGCCCUUUUGAAAUGUUGGUGCCGAGAUGUAUGAUGAAGGCAUUUGAGCACAAGAAAAAUCCUUCUAAAAGUUACACAGAGCGGAAUAUGAUCGAAAAAGUUAUCAUUUAGAAUUAGGUUCAUCGUGGUAAAGAACGUUUGAAUUUUCGAUCCUAUAGUGAGCAGAAACAGCCAAAAAGCCAAAAUUUCUGAAGCUAUCUUUGGAGGAAUUUCAGGAUGAAUGCCUGAGAGAAUACCUAAAAAAGUGGAAGUAAUUCCAAGGGAAUUUGUUUUGCAAAAAAAAACCACCGGCGUUCCUGAAGAAAACCGUAGAGGAUGAAUUUAUGAGGGAUCCGUGAAGAAUUUUCUGAAGGAAUAGAUGGAAACACUGUGGGAAAUAUCCCUGGAGGAAUACUUCAAAGAAUGGCUUAUAUAAUGUCUAAAAGGAUUAGUACAUAAAAAAUACUGAAGUACCUGGAGAAAUUUCUGAACGAAAACCUGCAAUAUAUAAAAAAUCCUGAAGGAUUUCUUAAGAAAAGCACUGGAGAAAUUUCAUAAAAAAUGUUUUCCAAGGAUUCUAGAAGAACUGGAUUGAUGAAAAGGAAUAGAUUCUGGAGUGAUUACUGGACGAUUUUCUGGAUUUCUGGGAGAAACUUGGAAAAAAACCUGAAGCAUCACCGAAGAAAUGUCUAAAAUAUUUCCUGAAAAUUUCUUCAAGGGGUCUUAGGUGUGAAUUAAUCACAAGUAAUCCCUGGACGAAUAUUUGAAGGAACUUCUGUAGAAAACAAUGGAGGAUUCUCUUGCGAAUUUUGUUGAGGAAUUUAUAAAUCAAUUUCUGAAUAAAUGACUAUCGGAAAUAUCUGAAGGAACCUUAUGAGAAAUUUCAACAAUAAUUUCUGAAAGAGUUUCUGGAUUUUUUUCUGAAUUGCUGAAAGAAAAAUCUAGAAUAAUUUCCAAAAUGAUCUCUGAAAGAAUCACCGCAUCUCUUUAAAAAAACAGCUGAAAUUGUAACUUUUGAGAAAUUAAAAAAAAAAUCCCCGGAGAAACUCCUAGAGAAAUAUAAAGAUAAAUUAUGAAAAAAUCCCUAAAGGAAUUUAUGGAGGUGUCCCGGAGGAAAUUCUCAAGAUAUACAUUCUAAAAUUAUUCUCGGAGGAAUCUUUAAGAAUAUAUGAUUCUUCUAUUUCUGCUAAACUUAAAAAAAAAAUCUUCAAAAAUGCGUCUUCUGAGAUGAUUGCAGAAAAAUUUCGUAAAAUAAUAAUACAUUGAGGGAUUUUCCAAGGAAUAAUAUUAAAACAGGCGCAAAUUAAGGUCAUUUCCAUCCAGGCGUUCCAGUAUAGGGGGAACUGGAAUGUGGUUUCCUCGGCCAACAGCUCGUAUUUGUGGUGGAAAGCUCUGACAGUAAUUCUGGAAAAAUCUUGAAAAGACAUCCAGCGAAAACCUCUUGUAAAAUAUGAAAAAAAAAACCUGAAUCAACUUUGGAGAAUUUCAUGGGUGGCAUUCUUGGAGAAAUACUAGGAGAAACGCCAAAAAAUCCAGCAGCUCUGGAAACAUCCUGAGUAGAAAUCCUGGAAGAAAUUCGAAGAUAUAUUCCCGAAAAACUCCAGGAGAAGGACUAUGCGGAAAAAAUAUAAUGGAAAAACAUGACGUCUGCAACGUGGAAGAACCAUAGAAAGUUAUAAAAAAAAAUCCACGAAAAUAUUCGGAAGAAAGUCUGGGAAGAGCUCAGGGAAAAUUUUCAAAAAAUCUUUUGGUAUAAAUGAGUUAACGAAAACCAACAAAAAAAAUCCUGAAGAAUCUUGAAAAAUACCGGUAGACAUACUUGUAGAAAUCCUGGGACAAAUUCCGAGAAGUAUUCCGAAAAAAUCUGACAGCAAUUCCUGGAAUUCAGGGUGCUACUCCGCAAUAAAUCCCUGGAGAAAUUUCGGAAGAAACUAAUCUAUGAAGGAAUACCAGGGCCAACUUAAGGAGAAUUCUUGGGAAUAAUUAAAAAAACAAGUGUAAUCGCAGAAAGCAUGAGUGACGGGUAAACGGGUAACUUUAGGAAACAUUAAAAAAAAACUUCAUUGCUCAAAAUUGAUUGAUUGAUAAAAUAAAACGAAAGUCGUGAACUCAUAUCAACGAUCAACAUUUUUGAUGCAUAAUUAACUGCUGAUUCCGAAAUCAUGCAUAAAUUUUUUUUAGGUGGAACUAAUUUAUGGAAUUCAUUAAAAAUCAAAUACAUUAAAAAAAUGAAAAUUUGUAGUUUUCUUUUUCAAAAAAGAGCAAUUCAAAAAAUUUUCAACGAACAUUUGAAAUAUAAGAUGUAAGCAAGUUACAGAAUUUUAGCUUAAUCUGAACAUUUGUUACGGAGAAUGAGAUGUGGGAAGCAAGCAACUUUGCUUACAAACCUAACGAAAAUCGCAUUCAAAUCAUCAGCCUUGUAUGGAAAGUUAAAAUUAAUCUUUUGUCCUUCACGUUUUUGUGCUGUGGGCAUGAUUAUAUACUGAAAACUAUCAUCAGCUUACCGAGUUCAAGAAUGACGUUAAUUUAUGUUACUGAAAAAGUUAAAACGAAUUGAAGAAGGCAAUAUUGUGUUAAAAAGUAUGUUAGUACAGCACAAGGUUAAUUGGUAAAUUCAUUAUUUUAAAUACACAAUUCACUAUAUUUAAUCUCAAGUAGCAGUUUUACAUUUUUACAAGAAUGCUAACAAUAUAAUUUUUGUCACUUUAAAGCCCUGGUUAUACCGGUAUAACCAGCCUUUGGUAUAUACCGUAAAUAUGAUUUAUUGAUAUACUUUUGGAAAUAUUCUUACAGAAAGUCAAAUGAUAUGUCUUAUAUUCAGUGGAGUUAUUUUUAGAAUUUUAACUUUCGAAUUCUUGAAGCAUUCUUAAGAGGUGGAUGUAUAUUCCAUGAAAAAUUCAUAAAAAAAUGUUGAUAUUAUAUCAUUCUUACGAUUGUAAUUAGUAAUUAGCAAAUUGACCAAAACCAAGCAUAAACUAGCAUACAAUUCGCAUUUUCCACAGUGAGUAACGUUUUAAACAACUUUUUGGUUCAUCAGAAAAAGACACUACCUCGUAAGGCUUUCCCUUUCUUCGCUGUCAUAUCAAUUACGAGCGUGUAAACGAUAUCCUUCGAGUGCUCUCCUGUUGAUCAAACUAAUUGAAUGCUUCCCUCCUGGCAAGUUUCCUACGAAAGCCGCUUCGAAUCUGUCUUCCAAAUCCCUCCACUUGCUCAACUAGGCUAGAUGAUAGAGAUAGACAAACCGGUAAUGCUUCCUUCCUCUCGUACUCUUCCUCACGGCGCCAGUCCGUCGUCGUCGAUUCCAUUAUCACGACGACUGUCUCUAGCUCCAAUUUCGUGACUUCUCGCAUAAUUCGCAAAGCAGCUCAUCAAAGUUCUCGUACCUACCAACCAUCGACAGCCAAAACCGGGAAAACAGUUGGUUUGUGUGUGCGGUUGAGACUGUGAGUAGUAUGCUUUACCCACUCCCUGCUUCUUUCUCUCCGUCGUCGGAGUACCCCACAUACCACUAGGAUACGUGAGUAGAUCCCUCACUUGAAGCUACUUUGGUAACCCCAGUUGUCAUAUCCCGGAUAGAAGAACAUGUUUAGGUAAAAUCUCAAACUGUUAUUCGCUUGUCAUUUAUUUAACUAACUACUAAAUUAACUGUGCAAUGUCAAAACUGCCAUAGCACAUAUUCAAUUGACUUAGUGUUCUAUAAGAACUGAGCACUUUCUCACUGUUUAACCAAGAGCCUUCGUUGCCUUAUCAUCUGGUAUGGUAACCCACAUGCAUUCGGGAUACCAUUCACCAGGGCAAACAUCAAUCCCAUUUUUAUAUUUGCCCACAACUUUCGCACCAGAUUCCUCAUAAAAGCAUAGUUCUUCUGUGAUAGAGCUCGGUCCUGACUUUGAUGAUUUGUGAUCUGUGAUCGGUAUGCGGUUCCCCAUAGUUGCACACGUCUAUGGUUUCCGAUGUCUGGGUACCCCCACCUACAAUGUAAGCCCUUCUACAUGAUGCCAUUGGUGGUUGGGCACAGAGAUAUGGUAUCCUGUCUUUCUACAGCUUGGCGCAAGGCGACGACGACGACGGUGCAUUUCACUAUUGGGGUAAGACUCGUGCCGUGCCUGCUUUACGAUUCGAUAUUGCGAAUAGUGAUUGGAUGCAUGGAUGAUGAUGGCAAAGCCUGGCUGUGGCAGGGCGGGAGGAAAAUUUGAUAAGUCGCUUCCUGCGUCGUCGAAGUUUUUGCCAUCGUCGUAAUCCUCGUCGUGCAGCUACGUGAUGUGUGGAAGCGUGUGUGUACGUGCAUCCGGAAUUUGAGUGUCUGCGGGACGGAAAGUGAAUCCACAGGCUAAGUGUUACUUCACUUGACCUGGUUUUGUUUUCCAAUCGUAGGAGAAAUAACUAAAAAGGGAGGGGUUGUCUUAGUUUCAACAUUGUUAUAGUUGGUCUUGAAAAAUACAAAUAUUUCGAUAGACAUAUGAAAAUAACAUGUCAUAUUCCUUUAUAGUUCAUAUCUCUUUCGAGUUGGAGAACAAUAAAAAGUGACUAGAAAUAUAAACUUCGACUUCGAAUUUUGACAAUCCAAAUUAAUUAAGGUUGAAACUUGGGUUGAAAACAAAUGCGACAGAAACAUCUUUUCAUAUUGUGUUUUUAUUUUUGCAAAAUGUUGGUAUUUUUAUUUUGAACAACAACUUAAAAUCAAAUAUCUCAAACAGGUGAUAUUUUUGUUGAUAUAUUAUAGUGGACGAAUUAUGAAGUUCAUUGCACGGUGGGUCAAAAUAGAGAAAUGGUGGACCAAAAAAGUUUUUUUUUUAAUUUAUCUCUUUAGCCCUAGGCUAGUUCAUCUCGGGACCCACGCUUUGCUUCCCUUCCGAAGAAAGAACUCACAUAUUACGAGUUUGUCGGAAGUAGGACUCGAUCCCAGGUCCUCGGCGUGAUAGUCACGGGCUUUAAUCAUCACACCUGGUCUGCUCCACAAUUCAAGUUGGAUUUUUGAAAAUUGUUAAAAUAACCUCUUUUAGAGUAUUUUUGGAUCCGACUUAAUGAAAGUACGCAUAAUUUCCGAUAAAAACCCUAAUUUAUCCACCUAGCGGUGAUGGUGCCUUUCUCGUGCUUUAAAAUAUCCUUUCAACGUGCGGCUUCGUGGUCGUGCGGCUAAGGUCACCAAGCCUUUAGUCGCAUCGUGCUAAGGAGUGCGGGUUCGAUUCCCGCCGCAGCUGUCAGGAAAAGUUUUCGGCUGUGCCACUGGGCGUUGCAUGCUAGUCCGUUGUCUAGUGUCGUGCUUCCUUCAAAGAGCAAAUAGCUCACUGAAAGCAUUAAACGUGUCUGUGUCUUUAAAAAAAAAAAAACAAAACUCGAGCGACAUGUUGAUGGCAUUGACAUAAAUACAAAAUGAAAACUGCCUGCUAAAUCUACUCAAUAUGGAUACAUUUUAUAUUAGCAUAACAUCCAAUAUUCAGAAAAUAUAAGACAAUGAUCCAAAACUCAAACCAAACAAGUGUCAUCAAGCCGCAAAAUUUUGAAACGUCAUUUUAGAUUUUCCGGUCAUCAUUUUAUGACUCCGGAUAUCUACCCCAACCAAACUAACCGCCAUCUUGAACAUUCAGACACCAUCUUGGAUGUUCUGGUAUUCAUUUUUGGACUCUGCACCUAAAAUUACAUAAAAUAGUCGCCAUAUUGAAUUUUGGCAUGUCGUUUAUGAUUUUCUGGUUACCAGUUUUGGACGAAAACCGGCAUUCUUCCCCAUUCAAACUAUAGUCAUAUUGCAGACCUUGUGAAACAGCGCACAGCUUGGGUUUUCUGAUUUCAAAUUUUGAAUUCUGGACAUAUUUUCAUACAAAAUAUGCCCAUAAUGCAAGAAUUAAAAAUCCUAUAAAAUAGGCACUAACUUGAAUACUGGGCCAUUAUCUUGGACUUUGGACCGCUAUCUUGGAUACUCUGGUGGACUCCGAACAUAUUUCCCAUACCAAAUACACUUAUUUUACAUAGUUUUAGAGCUCAAAAUUCCUUAAAACAGCCACCAUCUUCUGUUGAAGCGAUCAAAUUCUUAUUUUUCCAUUCAUUGUUGACCCAUCCUGCUAUAAAUUUACACCUUAGGAAUCUGAAAUGGUACGAUUUGAUGAGAUCGCUUUAGUUUUGUCUAUAUUUUGUUCUCAUAUAUGCGGACUUAGACCUAUUCGUCACUGUUGUUCCAUACCUAAUGUUUAUCAAGCCAUUAAACAAAGUCACGAUUUAAUUUUUCACAUGAACGUUGGUUCUGCUACAAAACAGCUAGUCUCUAAUGUGAUCUAAGGCUAUUUUCUUGCUAACCGUUCAUUAGAUUAUCAAAGAAUCUGCGAUCUGAUGUGUCGUAUGUAUGGGUUUGGUUCAUUUUUAUAUUUGGUAAUUUCCGGUGGGAUAGCCGGAUCUGAUUCCAUUAGUCAUGGACCAUGACACUACCGGUUGUCCCAAUUAUGGUCUGAGUAUAUUUUAUUGCUGUUUAUUCACCUUUACCUAAUCACCGCGAUUUGAUAUAUCGCAUGAAUGGGUUUACUUCUCUUUUACUUCUAACCACUUUCGAAGCCACAGCUGAACCCGUAACACUACCGGGAAUCUAAUGUGGUCUGACCCUAUUUUUCCAUCGGGUUGUCGAUAAGUCGUGAUCAGUCUUGUUAGAGAUCACAGUCAUUUGAACCUUUUCGUCGAUAUUCGGCCUCCUUUGUCUCCGACAUUCGCAACACAAGCAAUCAAACUACUGUUCGAAACAAAAAUGUCAAACGAAUGCACUUCACCAUGAUAGCGGCUUCGGGAGACG